AUGCGAUACAUGCGGUGCUGUGGGCCAUUUGAGGAAAGAUUGUUUAGAUAUUCCACUAUCCAAGAGGAAAAAAAAAAAAUUGACGAUAAUAAUAAUCUUAAAAAUGCUGUGUUAGCAAGUAAACAGAUAGAUGAGAAAAGCCUCAACAUAUUAGUGCGUAACGACAACAAUUAUGAUUCAAAGAGAGAUAGAUGGUUUGGAUAUAAGGGGAAGGACUAUGCCAAAGUAUUAGAAAGAUAUACUCAAAAUCUUAACACUGAAAAUAACUCGGAUGUUGGCACCGAUUUGGAUACGGAUGAAGAAUGCGAAUUAAUGCUAUUGGGUUUAACCCCACAGGAUAUUUCAAUUUAUUUACAAAAUAAGGAUAAAAACCAAGACGAUAACAAGACGUAUACCAGUGUAAGAUUAAGAGAAGACAAAGCGGUGUAUUUAACCAUAGGCGAAGAUGGUGAGGAAGGUGUUACUAAAUAUGACCCUAAGUCAAGAUUGUAUAAGGAUGAGACAAAGGGUGUUAUUAACACCAAGAAUAAUUUUUAUUAUAGAAAUGUCGAUGGAGAAGGUUUAGAAUUCACUAAAUUACAAAAUAAAUUAAAAUUAAUUCAGCAAGAAGAAGGAACAGCGAACACCAGUGGUACUGCUCCUAAUGGGGAUACCAGAUGGAAGAAUAAUAGAAGAAAGAAUUUUGAUCAUAAUAUUCAAGAAAAGGUGUUAAUAGCUAAUCCAACUAAAUAUGAGUAUUUACUAUCGAAGAAGAACAAAGAUGAUGAUAAAAAGCAGAAACGGGACUUGAAAUAUUAUGAAGCUGUUAGACCUACUAGUGAGCCUAAUGGAAGUGACCAAAAACAGUUGAUAGAUAAAGUUAUAGAUAAAUACAAAUAA